AUGUCAUACUUGAUGGACCAUACUUCAGGGGGCCUGCAAGUUAGAGAAACAGACUCCAUCUGUGUGUCCAAAGGUAAGAAUAUCAAGUCUCAACCAUCCUUGAGCAGGAUGACCCGGGAGGAAUUGGAGGACAGAUUCUUUCGACUUCGUGAUGAGCACCUGUCAGUGAAGGAGCUUUCGUGGAAACAACAGGAUGAGAUCAAAAGGCUGAGGACCGCCUUGCUCAGAGUGACUUCUGGCCGAGACCUGGUGGCCACGGCAGCGGUAGCGCAGCCUUCAGAGCCCCGGAGCCGGCGGCGGCGACCCGAAGCACACCAGCGGCCAUCCUGGCACAGGCUACACUGGCAGCCCCAGCGCGGUGGCCCCUCUCUCCUGGGCCGUGCUCAGUCUCGGGUUCAUGCAGGACACCGACAGCUCCGUACACUGGGUGGGCGGAUGCUGGAGAAAUCCAAGAAGGGUGAGAGGCUCAAGAUGUGUAUAUUUCUGCCUCAACUUUCAGGGCCUAUGGACAGGCUAAGCUACACAGCCCCUCCCACAGUCAGGGAGCAUGUGACUAAUGAAAAAAACAGAAGUGAAAUAGCCAGUCAACCCAGCGAAUGCCAUUUCAUGUUUGAAGACUAUUUUAUUAUAACUUCUUUCAACAAAGUCAUAAUUAUGGCUAAACUCAUUGGUCAAUGUAUGCCCAACAGUGUCCAAAUGAUGGCCAACAAUAUCAUGAGGGUGGAAGGACGGCCCAUAUCUCCUGAGAAAAUAUGGUCCAAAGAUGAAAAUUUGGAACAGAGGAGCUCCUUGGAGUAUGCCCAGAAAGCUGCAGAGCUUCGUGCUUCCAUUAAGGAGAAUGUGGAGGUGAUUCGACUUAAGAAGCUCUUAUAUGAAAGGAAUACCUCAUUAGCAAUGACUAAAGCACAAUUAGCAGAAGUUCAAGAGGCUUAUGAAACUUUGCUCCAAAAGAAUGAGGGAAUUCUGAGUGCUGCCCACGAUGCCCUCCUUUGCCAAGUGAAUGAGCUAAGGGCAGAGCUGUCAGAAGAAAGCAAGAAGGCUGUAAGCUUGAAGAGCCAACUAGAAGAUGUGUCCAUCCUGCAGUUAACUCUGAAAGAGUUUCAAGAGAGAAUUGAAGAUUUGGAAGAUGAGCGCAAGUUGCUAAAUGACAAUUAUGAUGGGCUCUUAAAAAACAUGCUGGACAGAAGCAGCCAGCCCUCCUGGAACAGCGAGCUGCUUGGAGAUGAGCUGCAGGAGCAGGUCUCUCAGAUACAGGAGCAGUUCGAUGAAGAGCUGGAGGAGAAAGGACAAGUUUUAUUUCAGCUGUCCAGAGAGAAAGCUGAAAAUACAGAUGUGAACUUUGAAGUCACCAGCACCCUUCAGAAGCCUGAGCAGGCGGUGGAGGUCCUCCAAAAGACAGUGAUAGUGCCCCAGUCUCCUGACAGGCCACCAGAAGCAGCCACUCCUCCAGCUCUAUUUGAAGAGACAGACCAGAAAGAGCCCAAUGAAUCAGAAAUCGAUGAAGAAAAGAAACUGUCCCAGAUGUUGAGUGAGUUGCAGGUGUCACAUGCAGAGACCACACUGGAACUGGAGAAGACCAGAGACAUGCUGCUUCUGCAGCGCCAGAUCAAUGUGUGUUACCAGGAGGAGCUGGAAGCAAUGAUGGCUAAAGCUGAUAAUGAAAAUAGAGAUCAUAAAGAAAAACUGGAGAGGUUGAGUCAACUCCUAGAUUUCAAGAAUGACCGUAUCAAGCAGCUGGAAGGUAUUUUAAGAAGCCAUGGCCUUCCAUCAUCUGAACAGCUCAAAGAUGUUGCUUAUAGCACCCGACAGUUGUCAUGUCCGGAGACACUGGCAGCCCAAGAGGAUGAGGAUGAAGUGGACAUUUCUCUGCUGCGUCAGAGUGAGAAUCUCCUUGAACUACACAUUCACCAGGCCUUCCUGACCUCUGCUGCCCUGGCACAGGCUGGAGACCCCCAUCCUACCACUUUCUGCACUUAUUCCUUCUAUGAUUUUGAAACCCACUGUACUCCACUAUCUGUGGGGCCACAGCCCCUUUAUGAUUUCACCUCCCAGUAUGUGGUUGAGACAGGUCCACUUUUUGUACACUACUUUCAAAGAGCUUCUGCUCGACUGGAUCUUCACCAGGUCCUGGCCUGUGAGCACCACACCCUUGCAACUGGGUGGAUUCACUUUGACCAGGUGCUAGGGACGGUGGAGAAAGUCCAUGACUCAACCAUGCUUACUGGAGCUGAUGGAGAAGACUUCGGGGUAUUAGACUACUGGAUGAGGCUGCGCUUGCCCCUUAGAUCCGGCCUACAGGUUUACAGUAAAGGAAAGCAAGCUCAGACCUACCUGUCAGCCAGUGUGUCUGGAGCCUGGAAGGCCCAGAAGGAGGAGUCCAGAUCAAAACCUUGGAAACCUCGGAAUGAGCUACAGAUUGAAAUCACCAAGUGCUCUGGUCUCCAGAGUCGGCAGCUGGGAGCUCAGCCAAGUCCGUAUGCCAUGUACCGCUUUUUCACUUUUUCUGAUCAUGACACUGCCAUUAUUCCUGCCUGUAAGGAUCCCUACUUUAGAGAUCAGGCUCGAUUCCCAGUGCUUAUGACCUCUGACCUGGAUCAGUAUCUGAGGAGGGAGACCCUGGCUGUAUACAUUUUUGAUGAUGAAGACUCAGACCCAGGCUCCUACCUCGGCCGAGCCCAAGUACCCCUGCUGCCUCUUGCACAAAACAAAUCUAUUAAAGGUGAUUUUGACCUUGCUGACUCUGAGGAGAAACCCAAUGGAUCUAUUCAAGUGCAACUGGACUGGACCACUCAUUACCAACCCCCUGAGGACUACCUGACAGCAGAAGCUGAGAUGGAGGAGAAUGACAGCAAGGACAACUCAGACAACUCAUCUACAGAGGAAAAGUCUGCUUUUAUCCCCCAGGACCAGACAGAGUCUGCUGAGAUUCCCAUUGAAGCUGACCAGUACCAAACAAAGCGAAAGCUUCCUCAGGUGGAAGACAAAAAGGAGAAAGAACAUCAAGUUGCAAGCUAUUCAAGAAGAAAACAUGGCAAAAGAACAGGUGCCCAAGGAAAAAACAGAAUGGAGUAUCUGAGCCGGAAUAUCUUAAAUGGCAAUACACUGCAGCAGGUGAACUACACAGAGUGGAAGUUCUCAGGGCUGCCCACUGAGGAUGGUUUUAAAACACACGCAGUGGAAGAGCAAGGGACAUUUUCUGAAUCAAUACUGGAAGGAGAUGACCUCCCAUAUCCUAUAAAUGAUCAAGAAUCCUUUGAACAAGCUUCUGAAGUCAGUGAACAAGCUACAGACAGCGAUGACAUCAUAGUGGCACCUAUAUCUGAGAAAUGUCCUAAGCCAGAAUCAGAGAAGAUGCGUAUUGAAAUUGUUUCCCUGGCCUUCUACCCAGAGGCUGAAGUGAUGUCUGAUGAGAAUGUAAAGCAGGUGUAUGUGGAGUACAAAUUUUAUGACCUGCCCUUGUCGGAGACGGAGACUCCAAUGUCGCUGAGGAAACCUAGAGCAGGGGAGGAAAUCCACUUCCACUUCAGCAAGGUGAUAGACUUGGAUCCUGUGGAGCAACAAGGCCGACGGCAGUUUCUGUUUGCUAUGCUGAAUGCCCAAGACCCUGAGCAAGGACAAUUAAAAUUUACAGUUGUAAGUGAUCCUCUAGAUGAAGAAAAUGAAGAAUGUCAAGAAGUAGGAUAUGCAUAUCUUGAGCUGUGGCAGGUCCUUGAAUCAGGAAGAGACAUUUUAGAACAAGAACUAGAGAUUGUCAGCCCUGAAGACCAGGCUAUUCCAAUAGGAAAGUUGAAGGUUUCCCUUCAAGCAGCUGCUGCCCUCCAUGAUGUUUACAAGGAGAUGAAUGAAGAUUUAUUUCCCUGAAGGAACAAGUGCUAUUCCAUUCUAAAAUCUGAGGGAAGAAGUCUCUUAUAAAGUAACUUGCUAUACUGUAAGUUUGGUUGACUGUGCUACCUAGUCUCUCUCAAC